GGAUUUCCUAGCGGAUUUAGCAUUGCGGCCUCUGCUGAAGGGCACUUGUUUCAUUCUGUCUGCUCAGGGUCGUGUGUCAGAGGACCAUUAAUUAUCCAUCAUGGGAGGACAUGACGCUGGAACCCACCAGUUUACUGGAUUUGCCAAGUACUUCAAUUCGUACACAAUCAUAGGAAGGAGGAAUUGUGUCUUGGCCACAUAUGCCAGCAUAGCAGCCAUAGUCCUUUUCUUCAAAUUGAAGCCCAAGAAACAAGCUGCCGUCACAGAAAAGUGAUAAUGUUUCCAUUUUGACAAUGUUUUCCAGCAGCUGGGAGUGGAGUGAGCGGCUUGAUGUGCAUGUAAUAAAAUAUUACUGUUUGGUUUCUCAAUGUUAACAAUAAAGAUCACUUAUACCAA